AUGACGUACGCCCAAGGCUUGUUUAGUUGGUGUGGUUACAGUGGAGAUCUUGUCAAGAAGCACGCUCAUGAGGUGGGGCAGGAAAUAAAGGUGGAGAGCUAUCGCAGUGCAUCUGAUGCGACCACGCAACGCGACUUGAACCCUGAGGAAAGGGAAAAAAAAAAAAAAGGCUACAAAAGGUACUAUCUUGGAUCGAUCGCCAAGGAGUUCUCUCGCACGCCAGGUCGCACCAGAUUCAGUGCGAUCUAUUGUUGGUUCUGCCUACAUUCAAUUGACCCCCAAGGUUGGCACCCGAUCAAAGCGCCCGCCAUGGCGACCGAAGAUUCCAGAUACAGGCAAAGCACCCAGUACCGCCUGUGGUCUUUUUCACCCUCACAACUCGCCGAGCUACGGUCGAAAACAAACCAACUUGCCAGCGCGAGCAUAUCCGGUCGAUUGAGCGCACGCAAUGGCGGCGAGGGCACGACGACGCCCAUACCCGAGUUCCUGACGGCGGACGAGGAGCAGAAGCUGGUCACAUUUUACACCACACAACUCCUGCGGGCUGCGGUAUUCCUCGAGCUCCCUACCGAGGAGCGGGCCACGGCCGCCGUAUUCUUCAAGCGCUUCUACGUCACCAACAGCGUCAUGACGUAUCCGCCCAGCACCAUGAUCAAAACCGCCCUCUUCUUCGGCGCCAAGGCCGAGGGCUUCUACAUGCGGGUGGGCAAGAUCGCCGAGAAGAUUAAGGGCACCACCGUCGAGGAGAUCCUGGCCGGCGAGUUUCUGCUGUGCGAAGGUAUUCGGUUCGCCUUUGACGUCAGGCACCCCUACCGUGCGCUCGAGGGCGCCAUCAUGCAGCUCAAGGCACUGGAGGACCUGGACGAGAAGCACAUCAAGGCGGCACAUUCGCGGGCGAGGGAGAUUCUCAAGUUUAGCGCCCUCGUCACCGACGCUUACUUCCACUACACGCCGAGCCAGAUCAUGCUGGCCGCGCUCUCACUCGCUGACCGAGCCCUGGCCGAGAGGCUGAUCGACGAGAGCUUCAAGGUCAACGGCGUACACCUCCCUAAGAAGGAUGCGAAUGCAGCCGGGGCGGCGCCGGUGCCCGACAACGGUGGUAGCAAGGCAGCCCGGGCCAAGAACCGUGAGGCGGAGCGGGAGCGCAUAUUUGGCGCAGAGGUCCGAGACAAGGUCAUGGCCGUCAUACAAAGCUGCUCUGACAUGAUGUCGCACGAGCUGCCCGAACGUGACGACGGCUUCUGGAGCAACGAGGCUGGCGAGCUCUUUAAGCCCCUGACGAAGCGACUCAAGAAGUGUCGCGAUCCGGACCGAUCCGACCUCGUGGCGUUGCAAAAGGCACGACGCGAGCGAGCCCUCAACAGCGCCGACAGCGACGACGAAAGGGAUCCUGGUAAGAAGGACAAAAAGGCCACCAUCGAAGGAGAUGGUUCAGUCUUUGGCGGGCCGAUCGGAGCGGACGCCAGGGACCCAAAAAGGAGGAAGAUCCUGCGCCGGGUCAACUUCGAUCUUGGCCGUGUUCAUCUCCGCAUGCGAUUUGCCCUUGGGCUCCUUGCCGUCCCUUUGCCAUGCGGAGCCCGUCUCCUCGGGAGACCACCAGUAGGCCGGGAACCUGCGCUGCACGUUGUUGACCAGCAGCGCAACACCCAGCAUCAAGGCGCACCCCAGCAGCAUUAUGGGUAUGUACCACCAGCCGAGCGCGAGGAUGCGGUCGUCGACGACGGCCAUCAGCGCCGUGGCACCCGCGGGCGGGUGGACCGUCCCCGUCAGGGCCAUGCAGGCCGUCGCGGCGGCGCACGCCAGAGCUCCGCCGACCCAGCGGUAGACGAGGGAACGGAAACCGAGAGUCGGGUCGUCGGACGUGCUCUGCAGCAGCCGUUCCGGGCCGCCAAAGAUGGUGGCGACGAUGGUUCCGACGAGGGCGCUGACGACCUGCCCGAGGAUGGCGUUCCGUGGUUGGGCCAGCGGGGCCUCUAUGGAUAUGAGCAAGAUGGACGCAAAGACGCCAACAAAGGCCCAAAAGAUGUAAACGAGGUUGCCGACUGCCUGCUGAGGCCGGUCUGGGUGCCGAUGGCCAAGGAAUCGUGCCAGAGGAUAUGGCAGCCGGUGACUCGGGUUCCUUGGGAUCCAGGGAUUCAGGUAUGA